CGUGCCACGGUCAGUCCGCUCCCGACAACGAGCCCGACAACACGCUUGGUUGCUUCUGCUUCGUGGUUCAGAGGAGAGUUUCGAGACAGCAAACCCAACACAAUGUCGAGCCUGAGGAAGUUCUUCGUGAUUGGGAACUGGAAGAUGAACGUGGACAAGAACCGAAUCAACGGUAUUGUGAAGAUGAUGAACAAUGCGGCACUUGACGCCAACACAGAAGCGGUAGUUGGCUGUCCAUCAUGCUAUCUGUCAUAUGCCAGAGAACACCUCACCCCCAAUAUUGGCAUUGCUGCGCAGAAUUGCUACAAGGUUGCCCGGGGUAACUUCAGCGGCGAGAUUUCUCCUGAGAUGAUCAAGGACUGCGGCUGCGACUGGGUCAUCCUGGGUCACCCCGAGCGCAGGACUGUCUUCCACGAGCCAGACAGCUUCAUCGCCGAGAAAGUCGCUCAUGCACAAGAGGCUGGGAUGAAGAUAAUCGCUUGUUUGUGCGAGACAACUGAGGACCGCCAGAAAGAACGCACGAAGGAGGUGCUGUUCAAGCAACUCAAGUCACUCGCCGCCUCUAUCAGCGACUGGUCCCGCGUGGUCCUUGCCUUCGAGGCCCUGUGGGCGAGCAAUACGGGCGUCCUCGCCACCAACCAGCAGGUGCAGGAGGCCCUGACCCUCGUGCGGGACUGGCUGCGCAACAACGUGAGCGACAAAGUGGCCGACACAACACGCAUCAUCUACGCGGGGACGGUCUCCUCCUCCAACUGCCGCGAGAUGGCGUCGCUGGAGAACCUCGACGGAUUCCUGGUGGGGGGCGCCGCCCUCAAGCCUGACAUCGUGGACAUCAUUAACUCCCGCCGCAGCCACCUGUCUGAACUGACGUCGCUGCGCAUUGAAGAACAGCAGGGAUAAAGUAGGAACUCCGAGGUUUCCUUCGUCUCGGCCAGUAGCCUGAGGUGGGCGUCGUCGAGGAAUGACCCACUUACGUCCAUUUUCAUUCCGCGUAGAUAAUAUUUGUUAGCCAUUGUUACUUUUUAUUUACUUUUAUGUUUUAUUGAGGGUUUUUACAGACGAAAAGACAGAGCAACAACACCGAGUACAGAUACAAGAAAUCUAUAGAUAUAGAAUUAUAACGAAGCUUAUAGAAUCCCUACUUGUAGUGAUAUUCGUGUAAUGCUCGCAGUCUUUUUUUCUACAUAGGUUGCACAUGCAACUGAAGACUGUUCACGUCAAUACCAUUCAGCUUAAUGUAAACAGCAGAAAUGUGUACACAAACCCUUUAUAUAUUGAUGAUAGGAUAAUGUACAAUAUAUAAAUAAAUGUAAGGAUAAAC